AUGAAGCUGGUCUUUUAUGCAGCUCUGCUCACGGCGGUCUUGGCUAAAGAACUGCAACUUGCUACGGAAUGUGACCCAGAAGCGUGCAAGCUCCCGGAUUGCAGAUGCUCGUCUACCAGUAUCCCGGGAGGCUUGGAACCUAGGAACACGCCACAGUUCGUCACUUUGACGUUUGACGACGGCGUUAACGUUAUCAACGUCGAGACCUAUCGUGAGGUUCUCUACAACCGCGUCAACUCCAACAAUUGCCCGGUACGCGCUACCUUCUACGUCAGCCACGAGUACACCAACUACCAACUGGUCAACGAGCUAUACAACAGAGGCCACGAGAUCGCUCUCCACUCAAUCUCCCACCGAACUCCUCCGUCAUUCUGGGCAGCAGCUACAUACGAUGAGAUCAAAGAGGAAAUCGCCGAUCAAAAAGUACAGAUCGCUCACUUCGCGAACAUUCCGUUUGAAGAAGUUAAAGGAGUCCGUCUUCCAUUUCUUCAAAUGAACGGCAACACUAGUUUCCAAGUCAUGUCUGACUUCGGCCUAACCUACGACUGUACCUGGCCAGCCUCUGCCCAGACCCAGCGUGGUCUCUGGCCAUAUACCUUGGACUACGCUUCGACUCAAGACUGCACUAUUCCACCGUGCCCAACUGCUUCGCUGCCUGGUUCAUGGGUCGUCCCGAUGAUCGCGUGGACUGAUCCUAAUGGGUUCCCUUGUGUAAUGGUUGACGCUUGCACAUCUUUCCCUGACCGUGAAGAUCCUGAUGCCUGGUUCAGAUUCAUCGUGACCAACUUUGAAAGGCACUACCUCGCUAACAGAGCGCCUUUCGGCUUCUUCGUCCACGAGUGGUACAUUUCCUCUUACCCUGCAAUCAAGACAGCUCUGGUCAGAUUCAUGGAUAUGAUCAACACCCUUCCUGAUGUCUUCAUGGUAUCAUCUAGCGAUGUCGUAGAGUGGGUGAGGAACCCCAUCCCCAUUGCUGAGUACAGAUCAAGAACUUGCAAGACCUUCAGGCAGACUGCGUGCCCAGCUUCUUCUUGCGGACCUUUGGUAGCUGAACAUAAUCAGUUAUCCUACUGGCUGCAGCUCUGCAAUAGAUGUCCGGCUAAAUAUCCGUGGGUCGGCAAUCCAUUUGGACUUAAUUAA